AAAAGGUAUUGUUUCUCUACCAUAGAGGAAAUGUACCAAUCAGUAUCCAGAAUGAUUCACAAGAUGCCAAAACCUUCAAAGAAAUCAAGUAAGGUUUCAAAUUCUGAAACAAAAAUUGGGAAGGUAAUCUCUUCUCCAAAUUUACUGCAAUUACCUUCAGGACAAUUACAGCAAAGUGCAGCAACGCAAAAACGGUCAAAAUCCACAUCAUAUAUUGCGGAAAAAGAACACGCGCCUCUGGAAAAAGUUAGUUUUUGCAAAUGCAUUGAAAACAUUGAAUCUAAAAUGCAGAACACCAAUAUCAAAAACCACAAAUUUGAUAUGAAGGGAGAUGCCAUAUAUCAAAACGAAGUGUUCUCAGAUGGUAAGCACCCUAGAAUAAUUACUGGACAGCAGAAGAAGUCUCCGCCAAAGCGCCCUCCUCCGCCUAAAGUGUUGCCCGAAAAGUACCAAAACACCGUGUAUGCAAAUUUACAGCGGAGAAAAAGUGAUUCGGAGAUAGGUGGUACAAGACAUGUAUAUGCAAAUUUGGAUGAUGGAAAGAUAGACACAUGUGAAAGUAAAACAGCGGAAGAUUUGAAUGUUUAUAUUAAUCAAGAUAUCCAAACAAAAGACCUUGAAAAUGUAAUCGAUUGUGAUCAGUAUGAAGAAAUAAUGACAGUAUCUCUUGAAGAAACUUACAUCUCGAUGUCAGGAAACGAUGAGGACGUAGAUGAAAAUGGCUAUGUGACGAUGUCUCGAAAAAGAAGCAUGACGUCAUGAUACACUUUCAGCUCUUUUUUUUAUUGAGUUUUGUACAAGUUUUUAAAUGCUGCAAACCUCCUACAGUCAUUUCAAUAAAAUCAGACCGUAGGUUCAAUAAACAUAUGUUAAAAUCCACUGUGAAUUCAUCUCGGCGUGACAUUAAAAUUCGUUACAUGAUAUAAUAUGAAUGAACAUGAAUG